CUAGAAGUCAAUAUAUGGAUAGUAUGUUUGUGUUUAUCUUCGGGAAAUUGUAUGUUUUACCUUGGGGUCAAAUGAGCUUUUGGGCUGAACCCUAUGAUUGGCCCACAUGUUUAUGCCUACCCAUUUGUAAGCCUCAUACUAGAGCUCUAAGGCGUAUAGGGCCACACAAUUAUGACGUUUUAUCUCUAAUUAUGGGAUCUAUGCUAGGUGAUUCUCACGCUGAGAGGCAUGGGAAUGGUACUAGAAUACGUCUUCAGCAGGAAAGUACUAAUGUAGAAUACUUGAGGUGGUUCCAUAAGUUCUUAGCUAGUCGGGGUUAUUGCUCUACGACUAAGCCCAAAUUACAUAUCAGGACCGAAAAGGGAGGGAAGGGUAUUAAGGUUGUGCCUCUUAAUAUUGGAGACUAUAUCUCACCACUUGCUCUCGCUGUUUGGAUAAUGGAUUACGCUACUGCUCUUCCUUAUGGUAUGAAGAUUACCACGAAUUCUUUUUGUUAUAAGGAUGUAUUGUUUUUGUGUGAGGUUUUACGAGAAAAGUACGGUAUUGUAGCUAGACCUAAUAAAGAUGGCGAUCAGUGGGUGCUUUACAUUCAUUCUGAGUCUAUGUCUAAUAUGUCUAAAAUUGUUAAGCCUUAUAUGGUACCUAGAAAACAGUUGUUAUUGCGGGUAGGCGAUGCCGGUGUUAACGGUCAAAGGUCUCUCUCUCCUAUACCCAGACCCUCAACAGCUCCUCAGAGACUAAACGCAAAGGAUAUGGCAUGGUUAGUGGGUUUUGUGGAAGGUGAUGGCUGGUUUUCAAUUACUAAGAAUGGGAUUUAUUGCAAGUAUGAGUUUGGGAUAGAAGUAUCUGAAAAAGGAUAUUAA